AUGAGGACGGCAACCGCGUCUGCCAGCUUGCUGGCUCUGGCCUCCACGGCCGCCGCCAUCAAGGGCUUCAACUACGGCAGCACCUUUACCACUGGCGCCGCCAAGACUGAAUCGGAUUUCGAGGCGGAAUUCAGAACUGCAGCCGGCCUCGAUGGCACCAGCGGCUUCACCAGUGCUCGUCUGUACACCAUGAUUCAAGCUGGAACAACAAGCGAUCCCAUCUCGGCCAUUCCCGCAGCCCUAAACACGGGCACCACACUACUCCUCGGUCUGUGGGCAUCGGGCGGCGAGACUGUUUUUGCCAACGAGAUUCUCGCCCUGAAAGCUGCCAUCCAGCAGUACGGCAGCGCCUUCGCCAACGCCGUGGACGGCAUCUCCGUCGGCAGCGAGGACUUGUACCGCAAUUCGCCCCAGGGCAUUGCUGCGGGCUCAUUUGUGGGCGCCAACCCGGAUGUGAUUGUCAACUACAUCAACCAGGUCCGAGAUGCGAUUGCUGGCACUGCACUCUCGGGUGCCAAGAUUGGACAUGUUGACACCUGGACCGCUUGGGUCAACGGCUCCAACCAGGCCGUCGUCAACGCCUGUGACUGGAUCGGUCAGGAUGCGUACCCGUACUUCCAGCAGGAGAAUGCCAAUGCCAUUGGCAACAACAAGGCUCUUUUCGACGAGGCUUUGGCGGCCACCACUGGCGCGGUUGGUGGUAAGCCCGUCUGGGUCACUGAGACGGGCUACCCCGUCAGCGGUAAGACGGUCGGUCAAGCCGUGCCGUCUCUGGAGAACGCCGAGACAUAUUGGCAGGAAGUUGGAUGCCCUCUCUUCCAGUCCAGUAAUGUCUGGUGGUACACGCUCCAGGACGCUGCCCCAGCAACACCCAACCCAAGCUUUGGCAUCAUCGGCAGUACUCUUACCACAACUCCGCUAUACAACCUGACGUGCGGUGCCGUCGGUGGUGCCGGCUCCUCCUCGUCUUCGUCGUCAGCAGCUUCAUCCGAGCCCACGCCGUCUAGCUCUAGCAUCGCCCCUUCGAGCUCUGCAGCACAGUCCUCUGCCGGCCAAGGCAGCUCCCAGGCUCCACCAGCGACCUCGUCCGUCCCCGACUCUGGCGGCAGUCCCGGAGGCAUUCCUAGCUCGCAGAUUGUGAUCGAGUCGUCCGAGACCGUGACUCCGUCCGUCACAACCACGUACCCUAGCUCGGCAGCUGCUACUCCAAGCCAGGGUGGUGGCACCGGCGGCGGCAGCGUCAGUACUGGGGGCAGCAGCAUUGGUGCCGGAGGCAGCAGCUCCUCUGCCACCACCCCGAGCACCACCGCCUCUACGUCCGCUCCGGCAACCGUUCCCACACUCGUCGGCGGACAAGGCAGGUCAGCGGUCGCAUCGAGCGCGACAUUCUUUGCAUUUGUCGUCGCCGUAGUGGCAGCGGUCCUGAUUUGA